AUGGUUGAAAUAUGUCCUCUCCCAGACGACAGCUCCGUAUUUCAUGCAACGGACACCGAUAUCUGUGAGAAUGUGUUAUCUCAGAGCAUCAGAAGCACUCAAGAAUCGUUCGAAGACACCAUUGAUACAGAUGGCAAAACCACUGCCGAGAGUCGGGAAACAAAAGAAACAAAACAAAAACGGAAUACUCAAGAGAUGAAACAAACUAAACGUCUGCAAGCAACAAAAGGUGCCCAAGACAGGAAAAAAGCGAACCUUAAUGCUGGGGACUCCAAUGUUCAUCGGAUUAAGGAUAUUCUUUCUGACUAUAUAGCUGCCAAAUGCCUGCCUAUCUCUGGUGCCAAAUUUUCUGGUGAUUGUCGGGGUUUUCGCCAUGCAUUGUUAAGAGACCUGCGGGAGAUGGAUGUUCAACAGCUGUAUUUUCAUCUAGGCUCCAAUGACAUUCUUACGAAUGAAGCGGUAUUUUACCGCCAAUUUUCCACCUAUAAGCGCGCAGGUUCAGAGGUGAAGAAAAAAUAUUACAACAUGAAAGACAAAACAAAGACAAAAAAUGAUGAGAUGAGGAGGCCAGGCACUGGAGGAGGGCCCCGGGUGAAAGAGUUCACCAUUCCGGAGGGGAUUCUCCUUCAGCAUUUUGGGGAUUCCGCCUCUGUGGCAGGGGUCCCCAAUGCAAUUGACACUGAUGCUCCAGAGGGUGCUUCAAUCAACAUCAUUGAACUGGGCAAGAUGCCAAUAGAUGGUAGCACUUGCAUGACGUUCAAGAUAGAUGAAAGAGGACUAGGAGCUCAGAAGACGUCAAGUGUAUUCCAACGUGCAGUGGAAGAUGAAGCUGGGCCAUGCUCAUCAGGGACCAAGACCAAUACCAAAUCAAUGAAAAUGGCCAACAAAAACCAGAGUAAAAGAGCUAGGGCAAGUUUCAACAAAUUGGCUGAGGACAACCUAAUAGCAGAAAAGAAGAACAUCCAUCUGCAACAAGUAAAUCUAAGAUUGAAGAAUCAAUUGAUACUGGCACAACUGAAAGUUGCUAGAUUAACGGCACAAAAAAUUGAAGAAGAAAUUAAAAUGUUAAAAGCAAGCAAUGAAUGUUAACCCUUUACCACUUAGUUACGCAUUUUCACACAUUUGUAGUCCCUUAAAAAGUUAUAUUUAAUUUAAGACCUUUAUUACUAGAUUCAAGUUGUUAAGGCUUCAUAU